CAGAUGGUCUAUCAGGAGCCCUCCCGGUGGUCCUACACCUUUCAGACGUACUCGUGUCUGAGCCGGCUCAGGGCCCAGCUGGCGCCGCCGGCCGCGCAGGCGCAGAAGACGCAGGAGCCGGUGCGCGUGUUUGAGAGAUCGGUGUACAGCGACAGGUACAUCUUUGCGAAAAAUCUCUUUGAGAUUGGCCACCUGACUGAGAUUGAGUGGAUCAUUUACCAGGAUUGGCACACCUUCCUCCUGCAAACCUUUGGGGAUCAACUUGCCCUCCAUGGCUUUCUUUAUCUCCGGGCACCUCCAGAGGUCUGCUUUGAGAGGCUGCGCUGCCGAUCCAGGCCUGAAGAGAAAGAGGUCCGGCUGCCUUACCUGGAGCAGCUUCAUGUCCAGCAUGAAAACUGGCUUGCGAAGAAGACCACCAUGAUCCAUUCUGGAAGUUUAAGAGAUGUACCUGUCUUGAUUCUGGAUGUCACAAAGGAUUUUGAGAAUGACCCGAAUGAACAACGCAAGCUUGUAGGCCAGGUGAAAACUUUUAUGAAAACUCUUUGUUCUGAUCCUUUGCCUUCCGUCUCUACAACUGUCUCCAACUGAGGAUCAUCUCAUUCUGCAACUAGCAGCUGCUUGUUUAAUGCCAAGAGACCAAAUGGGAACCAGUUUGCCUCUUUACACCCAGGCAAAUAAAAACCUCCAGGCAGGUCAGAGAUCCUGGCAAGGGGCUGGCCCUAGGGGGCUUCCACCCAAUGUUAGCAAGAAGAAGCCUGCUGGAGCCAGCCUACAUCCGAAGGUGGGGGACAGUCUCUGGGCCAAGCAGAGGCUUCACCCCCUCCCUCUCUGGCAGGAGAGAUUGGCACUGUCUUUGAUGGACGAACCCUGGCAUAGCUACCUGAGGAGCUGCCCCAAGAGCGUGGUGUCCUCAUGGCCCCUGCCUCCUUUCGACUGUCCCAGGAAGGGUCAGAGACUGAUGAGCACCAAGUUUCAAGACCAGCUGAGGAUCACAGUUCACAGCGUGAAGAAGUUGCAGCAUAAACUAGGAGCCUUUCCCACCGUUCAGCAUGUGGGCUGUUUUCUGUUGGAGCUGAGGGACACCCGUCACUUGGCACUGAGUCACACCCACUCUCAUCUCGAAUUGUCUAAUGGCCAUAGGGGUCCUGGCAUGACGCAACCCAGCACAUUUCCUAGUCUGCCUGGCCAAGUGCUUUUGCCACCCCUGUGCAGAUGGGCUCUUUGUGGGACUUGCUUAGUCAGUGGCAGCACCACCACAUGUUGUGUCAACCUGGAAACCCGACAAUUCCAGAAUAGGAGCAGGACCGUUACACCUCCAUUCCCUGGCCCAUGGUUAUCCACUAGAUACUUAACCUGCUUUGCUGUUCUCCAGACCCUAAAGAGCAGCAUAAUAAGGACGUUAUCUUGAUUUUUUGUCUCUGUGUGCUAGAAACAACAGCCACAGAAGCUAUGUCAGCCACACAUAUUCACAAGGAUAGUAACUCAGCCCUGGAGGGACGUGUGUAAGCUGGCAUGUCAGUGUUGUGCCGAUUGGUGCAAUUUAAACUUUUUCCUUAAGGGAAAGAUAAGCAGAGAGGUUUUACAGACUUUCUCUCAGUUUAAAUUAAUGACAUUUGUCUUUUGAAGGAUUAUGUCUGUUUUAUUGGUGAAAAAGGUCAGCGAACCUGAACAGUGGAGCUGCCUUUGGGGCUGAUUUUCAUUUGGUGGGCUGUGGGGAGGAUGAGAGAAUGCCAGCUGUUCUGUCUUGGAAUUGCCUCUUUUUUCAGUUUCUCUGACUUUGUCAGCUGCUAUAAGUCUGCAGCACAAUCUGGCUCGUGUCUGUUAACUCUGCUGAAUUCAUUGUAGCUUACUCCCAGGUAAGUGGGUAUACAACUGUAGCUUAUUGGUUAUGCUAAAAACACAACUCCCCUUUCUUUGUUUAAAAACAAAGGCAGUGACUAUGUUGACAACACAGUUGUUAUUGCUCAGCAUAUAUGAAAGUGAUUGCAACAAAUGCUGCUGGGCGGCAGAUCAUCCUAGACAGAUCCAGAAACUUCCCUUCCCCCCCGAACUCUCUCCUCUGCAGCUCUUUUUGUUCAGGGGCCGUUGCUCAUUGGGCUUUUCUGUGUUCAUCCUCUGACUGUUGGCAUCCUUUUGUUCAAGCUAAUGCUGUCAGUCCAAACAUUUUGUCAUGUCUGAUGCAUAUGUGCAGGAGAAGGGCUGUCUCAGGCUGCUGCUCUUGUGGUUACUUAAAGGCACAAUGAUCUAUUUCCAAAGGAUCGAUUCUUCUCCUGCCCCUGAUGCUGCUGGGCCCAAUCCUGUCCUCCUCCCCGCUUCCCCUCAAGUACCUCUUCUUCCAAGUCUUGAAUGCUUUUUAAGUGCAAGUGUGGCUCCUCGCUUCCCUAUCCUGUGGCUUCAGCAAAAUGGACAGGUCUUUUGCUCGAUAGCAGGUGGAACCUCCACUUGAAUAAAAGCAGUCUGGAGAAGUGGUGGCCUGCCGAGAGGGGCUGGCUCAGGCGGACUGUUUGGAGAGGCAGGAGACGGUGAUCAGAGAAAACAUUUGCAAGUAUGUUUUCUGGAUCAGGGUUUGUGAACUCACAUUGAUUUAUUGCUUUGUUAGAAGUUAGCAUGUUCCUUUGAGACUACUCAGAAGUCAGUCGUAGCAGGGUCUUCCCUCUCCUGCUCUGUCAUAUUGACAACCUGUAGGUUUUCUCUUCGUAGGCCAUUACAACAUCUUGCUCUUUAUUAGGAGAGGUAACUGGGCAGAUAUUUUCCCUGUGUUCCCUGCCAAAAUGCUACGUCUGCUGAAGUUCUUUUUGACUCUUGCUCUUGAGCUUCAGCAGUUGCUUUCUGAUCUGAUCUAUUUCCUGGGGUUUAGUUCCACUGUGUUUUUCUCUAGAUUUGCUGCCAAACUUUGGUUAGGACCCUUACAGAUUCUUCUGUUGCUCGCCACAUUUCUGUAAAUACUGUUAUCAGUUCCUGUAGUUUUUUGACUUGGUAACAACCAGAGUACUGUUCUAACUUCAUCUUCCACUACUAGAGGUUCUUGUAAUUAGACUCCAUUUUUUAAUCCGUCUGUAUCAUUCUGCUGGCAUGCCAAUCUGAGGUUGGAACCUCCUCCUGAGUUUGGGGAUCUUUUGGAAGACUGUUUCCAUCUGAAGUGUCUCUGCAGAUGUCAUUGCAGUACCACUUUUUGUCUCUUCUGACAGCUCUCUGAAAUUUUUCAUUAAGUUUGUCCUGAGAUCUUUGCCUUUCUUGGCUUCUCUUCUCUUCUCAGCAACUUCCACUGUUUAUUCUGACAUUCAGUUUGCUUCUGCUUUUUGGUCUUUGUCAGUCUCUUUUCACAUUCAUUCUUAGCAACUUAAAUUUCAUUCCACAGUUCCUCUGGUUUCCUAUCAGUGAGGUUCAGGACUUCAAAGCAGUUUCUGAUGUCCUCCAUGAAAAUGGUGGAUAUAUGUUCAGGAUCACAUUUGAAAACAUGAGUUGAAAACAGAGUUUGGCUUGUUCUUCUACUUCAGGUUGAUGUGGAACUUGUACAUGAGCGGUUCAUGAUCCCACAGUCAGCCCAUGGGCAGGUCUUUGCUGUUACAACUGAGCUCUUCCACCUCCUUGUACCAAUAAUAUAGUCAGUUUGAUUUCUGUGGGCUCUGUCUGAUGAUGUCUAGGUACGUAGGCAUCAUUUUGGUUGUUUGAAGAGUGUGAUAGCAAUGAAAAAACCCCUGGCAGAAUGAUUGGCAGAAACUGUUGUUACCUUGCUUUAUUUCUUUUUCCUCAGCUAUACAGUCCAACUACCUUUUCCUCCUUACUAAUUCCAACUUUGGCAUUCCAGUCUCCAACCAGCUCUUGCCUUCAUGUUCUGUUGCUUUCAGAUUGAACUUGACCAUAACUCAUGUCAACCUCCUCUUCUGCCUCAGCGGCUGGAGCAGAAACGUAGAUAAUCAUCAUGUUAAAGGGUUAUUCGUAAAGUCCAACUGAUAUUCAGUCACUGAUUGCAUUAUACCCAAGUACUGCCUGCCUUUUCUAGGCAGUACUCCUGACUAUGAAAGCGGUGCUGUUUCUUCUGUUUUUCAUGUCCUAGAUAAUAAAUGGUAAAUAAACAACAUGAAUUUCUGA